GCAGGCAGCUGGGGCUUUCCGUACCGACCCCGCGACCCCUCGCGGCCCCUCGGUGUUCGGAGCAACGCGGGGGUCUCGCGAGGCUGGCACGGCCAAGCCGUCGAGGCAGGGGCAGCGGCUGGGUGGCGCUGCCGGCCGCCAAGGCUGGGCCAUGCCCCAGGGGCGCUAUGGACCCGCGGCAGGGAUAUUCCCUUAACAGAUACCACCCCCCUCCAGUUCAAGGCUAUGAGCUCAGCAAGCUCAGACACCAGCAGCGGGGGCCAGGAUCUUGCCCUAACGGUUUCCAGCUCAAGCAAAUAGAGUUUCUCAACGGGCGGCUCCCAGAAGUGCCCCUGAUUGGAAAGCAGACACCAUCACCACCAGUACUUGUCCUCCCAGGACUCUGGCCAAGAUUUCCAGAACCACCUGCUGGAAGCAGGCAGCUUCAGAGCUGGGGUGUCCCCAGGAGCGUGCAUCACAGAAGUCCGGGGUUCCAGAGAGGGUUCCAGCAUCCUUCGCCACGUGGCAGGAUUCUGCCAUGGAGAGGUGUUGAUAGGCUUUCCUCGCAUUUCCAGGAACUGAGUAUCAGCCAGGAUCAGGAACAAAGGAUCUUAAAGCUCUUGGAGGAGCUUGGGGAAGGGAAGGCCACCACAGCACAUGAUCUGGCUGGGAAACUCAGGUCCCCAAAGAAGGAAGUCAAUCGAGUUUUAUACUCUCUGGCAAAGAAGGGUAAGCUACAUCAGGAGGCAGGAACGCCUCCUUUGUGGAGAUUUGCGGCCUCGGCUCAGGCUGAGAACCAGCAGAGCAGAGUAGUGAAAUUAGACGGUCAGAGCCAGGGAGCCCCGGACUCAGACCCUAGUUUGGAAACUGAAGACAGAAACGCCACAUCUGUCUUGGAAGAUCUUCCUGAUCCUUUUGACAUGGCCGAAAUCAAGGAGAAAAUCUGUGACUACCUAUUUAAUGUGUCCGACUCCUCUGCCCUGAAUUUGGCUAAAAAUAUUGGCUUCAGCAAGGCCAGAGAUGUGAAUGCUGUUCUGAUUGACUUGGAAAGGCAGGGGGAUGUGUACAGGCAAGGGACAACCCCUCCCAUAUGGUAUUUGACGGACAAGAAGCGAGAGAGGAUGCAAAUGAAGAGAAACACGAACAGUUUUCCUGAAACUACUGUAGCACCCAUCCCUGAGACCAAAAGAAACACAGAGUUCCCCGCCUGUAACUUACCGACAUCAAACGCCUCAAAUAACGUAACCACAGAAAAAGUGGAGAAUGGGCAGGCACCUGUCAGAAAGUUACAAGACAGGCAAGUGGCCAGACCAGAACCAAUAAAACUGAAACCACCUGUUCAUAACAAUGGCCCCUCAAGAGCAGGGUAUGUUGACUUUGAAAAUGGCCAGUGGGCCACAGAUGACAUCCCAGAUGACUUGAAUAGCAUCCGUGCACCACCAGGUGAGUUUCGGGCCAUCAUGGAGAUGCCCUCCUUCUACAGCCAUGGCUUGCCACGGUGCUCAACCUACAAGAAACUGACAGAGUGCAAGCUGAAGAACCCCGUCAGCGGGCUGUUAGAGUAUGCUCAGUUCACUAGUGAGACCUGUGAGUUCAACCUGAUAGAGCAGAGUGGACCAUCCCAUGAACCUCGAUUUAAAUUCCAGGUUGUCAUCAGUGGCCGAGAGUUUCCCCCAGCAGAAGCUGGCAGCAAGAAAGUGGCCAAGCAGGAUGCAGCUAUGAAAGCCAUGACAAUUCUGCUUAGGGAAGCCAAAGCCAAGGACAGUGGAAAAUCAGAAGAAUCAACCCUCUAUUCCACAGAAAAAGAAUCAGAGAAGACUGCAGAGUCCCAGCCCACCACUCCUUCAACAAUAUCCUCAUUUUCUGGGAAGAGCCCUGUCACUACAUUGCUUGAGUGCAUGCACAAAUUGGGGAGCUCCUGUGAAUUCCGUCUCCUAUCCAAAGAAGGCCCUGCCCAUGACCCCAAGUUCCAAUACUGUGUUGCAGUGGGAGCCCAAACUUUCCCCACCGUGAGUGCCCCCAGCAAGAAAGUGGCAAAGCAGAUGGCCGCAGAGGAAGCCAUGAAGGCCCUGCAUGGGGAGGCGACCAACUCCGCAGCUUCUGAUAACCAGCCUGGAGGUACGAACACGGAAUCACUGGAUAACUUGGAAUCUGUAAUGCCCAGCAAGGUCAGGAGGAUUGGCGAGCUCGUCAGAUACCUGAACACCAACCCGGUGGGCGGCCUACUAGAGUACGCCCGCUCCCAUGGCUUUGCUGCCGAAUUCAAGUUGGUUGACCAGUCCGGACCUCCUCACGAGCCCAAGUUCGUUUACCAAGCAAAAGUUGGGGGUCGCUGGUUCCCAGCCGUCUGCGCACACAGCAAGAAGCAAGGCAAGCAGGAAGCAGCAGAUGCAGCUCUCCGUGUCUUGAUCGGGGAGAACGAGAAGGCAGAACGCAUGGGUUUCACAGAGGUAACCCCAGUGACAGGGGCCACUCUCAGAAGAACUUUGCUCCUCCUCUCAAGGUCCCCAGAAGCACAGCCAAAGACACUCCCUCUCACUGGCAGCACCUUCCACGACCAGAUAGCCAUGCUGAGCCACCGGUGCUUCAAUGCUCUCACUAACAGUUUCCAACCCUCCUUGCUUGGCCGCAAGAUCCUGGCUGCCAUCAUCAUGAAGAAAGACUCCGAGGACAUGGGCGUUGUAGUCAGCUUGGGGACAGGGAAUCGCUGUGUGAAAGGAGAUUCUCUCAGCCUAAAGGGAGAAACUGUCAACGACUGCCAUGCGGAAAUCAUCUCCCGGAGAGGCUUCAUCAGGUUUCUCUACAGCGAGUUAAUGAAAUACAACCCCCAGACUGCAAAGGAUAGUAUAUUUGAACCUGCUAAGGGAGGAGAAAAGCUCCAAAUAAAAAAGACCGUGUCGUUCCAUCUCUAUAUCAGCACCGCCCCAUGUGGAGAUGGUGCCCUCUUUGACAAGUCCUGCAGUGACCGGGCUGUGGAAAGCACAGAUUCCUGCCACUACCCUGUCUUUGAGAAUCCCAAACAAGGCAAGCUCCGCACCAAGGUGGAGAACGGGGAAGGCACGAUCCCUGUGGAGUCCAGUGACAUUGUGCCUACGUGGGAUGGCAUUCGGCUCGGGGAAAGACUCCGCACCAUGUCCUGUAGUGACAAAAUCCUCCGCUGGAACGUGCUGGGCCUGCAAGGGGCACUGUUGACCCACUUCCUGCAGCCCGUGUAUCUCAAAUCUGUCACAUUAGGUUACCUUUUCAGCCAAGGGCAUCUGACCCGUGCUAUUUGCUGUCGUGUGACAAGAGAUGGGAGUGCAUUUGAGGAUGGACUACGACAUCCCUUUAUUGUCAACCACCCCAAGGUUGGCCGAGUCAGUGUAUAUGAUUCCAAAAGGCAAUCCGGGAAGACUAAGGAGACAAGCGUCAACUGGUGUUUGGCUGACGGCUAUGACCUAGAGAUCCUGGACGGCACCAGAGGCACCGUGGAUGGGCCACGGAAUGAAUUGUCCCGGGUCUCCAAAAAGAACAUUUUUCUUCUAUUUAAGAAGCUCUGCUCCUUCCGUUACCGCAGGGAUCUACUGAAACUCUCCUAUGGUGAGGCCAAGAAAGCUGCCCGUGACUAUGAGAUAGCCAAGAACUACUUCAAAAAAAGCCUGAAGGAUAUGGGCUAUGGGAACUGGAUAAGCAAACCCCAGGAGGAAAAGAACUUUUAUCUCUGCCCUGUAUAGUAUGAUCCAAUGACAGAUGGAUAGGGGUGUUCCACACUGGGGUGAGAGAGAGGUAGGUCGUAGCAUUCCUUUUUAUUUGCUUAAGGGGUUUAUUUCUCCUUUUUUUCCUCCCACCUGCAGUUGGUGUUACUGAGAACUUUGGGUUCCCAUUUAUCCUGCU